ACGAUGUCCGGAUAAUUAUUGGGCAGUUUGAUGAGAACCUGGCAGCGAAAGUCUUUUGCUGUGUGUACAACCUGAACAUGUAUGGCAGUAAGUACCAGUGGGUUAUUCCAGGCUGGUAUCAGGGGAACUGGUGGGAGCAGGCCAACUCCACCAACUGCACCACCAAGAAACUUCUCAUGGCUAUGGAGGGCUACAUCAGCGUGGAUUUCGAACCGCUCAGCACCAAACAGACCAGAGGAGUAUCAGGGAGGACUCCACAAGAGUACGAGGCAGAGUAUAACAGGAGGAGGCUGCAGAAAGGCCUGGAGUCCAGCAAAUUUCACGGCUUUGCUUAUGAUGGGAUCUGGGUGAUUGCCAAGACGUUGACAAGGGUCAUGGCAAUUCUGAGACAGAAAGGACACAAGAAGAUCCAGGACUAUGACUAUACCAAUAAGGAGCUUGGAGAGAUCGUCCUGGAUGUCAUGAACGAGACAAACUUCCUUGGUGUGACAGGCCAGGUUAUGUUCCGUAAUGGAGAACGGAUGGGGACCAUCAGAUUUAACCAGUUUCAAGUGUCAGAUUGGCAAGAGUGA